AAUAAUUUAAAAAUGUUAAUCAUUAUGUCGUAGAUAAGUUAUUCAUAUUAAUUUUUAAUGAAUAAACUUACCCGUUCCUAUGGUCCCUUCACUGUCUCUUCACAAACUGCAUCGUCUCUACUUACGAAAUAUCCCAUCCCUUUUUUUAUUCCGUCCUUUUAAAGGUUACGAUUUGCAAUUUUUUAUUUUUACAGUUAAAUCACUACAUAUUAAUUCUAUCUUAAUUUGUCCCUAUUCACACCUUCAUUCCUAUUUACUCCGUUUGACAGUUAUCUAUUUUAUGUUGUCAAAGCCUAAUGACAACGUCAAAAGACAAAAUUAAGUGUCAUCUGUCACAAUCACCAGGUUCUAGUAAUGUUUAGGUUUUACUUGUAAUUAUACUGGAUUGAAAACGAAAUAAAAUCAAAGAAUACUCAGCUUGUAUAUGAUAGAAAAUGGCAGGAAGAGGGAGGGGAAGAGGUAGUGGCAUUUCAUUGACUCAUGAACAAAUACAAGCGCUCGGUAUCGCUCGAGGAGAUAAUACACCGGCUAUUCUAACACCACCUCCUCUGUUCCCUAAAUUAGAUGUGAAACCUUUACCCCUUAAUUGCGACGCAGCCACAGAUUAUAUGGUGAUAGUAAAAGAUCAAUUUAUAGAAUAUUUACACGAAUCACCAGCAUAUGUAAAAGCGAAUACAAGAAACGAUGGCAUAGAAAGAUAUUCCGAUAAAUAUAAAUUACUGGCGUUAGAUGCAAAAAAGGGUAAUAUAUUAGAUUGCGUUUGGACCAACAUACCUCCUGAACUGCGGCCAAACGCUGGUCGUAGUCGAGUCACAGUAAAAAAACGAAAAUUGGAUGAUCCAAAGGAAAUAGCUAAAAGGUUACAGACCUUAGAAAAGAAAGAAAUUCAAGACACAAGUACCGAAGACAUGGAAACAAAUGAAGAUGCAGUAAAGAAAGAGACUGAAGAGAAUGACGAAGAGUUGGAAGAUGAACACGAACAAGAAGAGGAAAUUGACGAUGGAACAGAUUACGCAAAUAAUUACUUUGACAAUGGUGAAGACUAUGAAGAGGAAGAUGACAAUCUAGAUGAUGGACCAGUUUACUAAAUUGUUUGGCUCCGUAAAACUGCGAUAAUAAAAUAUGAAGAAAAUUAAUUAA